ACCCGUCUGGCGUCCUCCCGCUGCUGUCGCAGGGAAGUUCUGUGCUGUCCAGGGGGAGCUGAACUACUGCAACUGCGUGGGCGCCGGGGAGAUACAUCGGCGCCUGGAGCAGCUGAGGAGGAGCAUCUACCGCGCGCACCUCUACUCCCAGGAUGCCAAGAAGAGGAGGAAGCGGAAGUUGAAAAAACCAGAACCCAUUCUCUUGAGGCACCGGUCAACCUCCCUGUGUCUGCCACCAACCCUGGUGCCACCUCUGCCACUGCCACCACCUGCCACCACCAUGGCCUCCGAGGUGGCUCCAUCGCCUUCUGUCUGCACUAUGCCCAGGGUUUUUGGUCCUUACAAUCCGCUGCCCUGCAGGUUGAUGGAGAAAUUGGAAGUUUCAAAGUCUGAAGUGAAAUUCAACUGCACUGGCCUAUCAUCAAACCCAAGGAGGUGGAAGGAAUUUAUUCUAGGCUUGAGCCCCAUGGUUGAUCUGACCCCCUUGGAUGUCAGCCCCGGAGGCUUCCAUUUCCCGAACCCGGCGGCUGGAAACAGUGUGUACAAGCUCAAUUGCCCUGGCUUCCCCCGGUACAUUACCUGUGCUGAGUACACUCACUUCUAUGGUGGCAAGAAACCAGAUAUCCCACAAACAAAUUUUCGUCGUUUACCUUUUGACCACUGCAGUCUCUCUCUGCAGCCCUUCGUCUACCCGGUGUGCACCCCCGAAGGCGUCGUCUUUGACUUGCUGAACAUCGUUCCUUGGCUUAAGAAGUAUGGGACCGACCCCAGCAAUGGAGAGAAACUGGACGCGAGGUCCCUGAUCAAGCUGAACUUUGCCAAGAACAGUGAAGGGAAGUACCACUGCCCGGUGCUGUUCACCGUGUUCACCAACAACACUCACAUCGUGGCUGUCAGGACCACCGGCAACGUCUACGCCUACGAGGCAGUGGAGCAGCUAAAUAUCAAGGCCAAGAACUUCCGGGACCUGCUGACUGACGAGACCUUCUCCCGGCAGGACAUCAUCACUCUCCAGGACCCCACCAAUUUGGACAAAUUCAACGUCUCCAACUUCUUUCACGUUAAGAAUAACAUGAAAAUAACAGACCCGGAUGAAGAAAAGGCCAAACAGGACCCAUCUUAUUAUUUGAAGAACACAAAUGCUGAGACCCGAGAGACGCUGCAGGAGCUCUACAAGGAGUUCAAAGGGGACGAGGUCCUGGCGGCCACCAUGAGAGUGCCGGAGAAGAAGAAGGUGGACAGGCUGAACGCUGCCCACUAUUCCACUGGGAAGGUGAGCGCCUCCUUCACCUCCACUGCCAUGGUUCCAGAGACCACGCAUGAAGCAGCCGCCAUUGACGAGGACAUGCUGCGCUACCAGUUUGUGAAGAAGAAGGGCUAUGUGCGGCUGCACACCAACAGGGGUGAUCUCAACCUGGAGCUGCACUGCGACAUGACACCAAAAACCUGCGAGAACUUCAUCAAGCUCUGCAAGAAGCAGUAUUACGACGGCAUCGUCUUCCACAGGUCCAUCAGGAACUUCGUGAUCCAGGGGGGUGACCCCACUGGCACAGGCACGGGUGGAGAGUCGUACUGGGGAAAGCCCUUCAAAGAUGAGUUCCGGCCCAACCUCUCGCACACGGGCCGGGGCAUCCUCAGCAUGGCCAACUCUGGGCCCAACACCAACAAGUCUCAGUUCUUCAUCACCUUCCGCUCCUGCGCCUACCUUGACAAGAAGCACACCAUCUUCGGGCGGGUUGUUGGGGGCUUUGACACACUGACAGCCAUGGAGAGUGUGGAGAGUGACCCCAAAACUGACCGCCCUAAGGAGGAGAUCCGCAUCGACUCCACCACGGUGUUUGUGGACCCCUACGAGGAGGCCGAUGCUCAGAUUGCUGAGGAGCGGAAGAAGACACAGCUCGAGGAGGUGGCCCCAGAAAGCACGGUGAAGACAAGCCAGCCCAAGCCAGGGAGCCAGGGCUUGCAGACAUACCGCCAGGGGGUGGGCAAGUACAUCAACCCAGCGGCCACGAAACGUAUAGCAGAGGAAGAACCAUCAACCAGUGCAGCUGUCCCCGUGGCCAAGAAAAAGCCCAGCCGAGGUUUCGGGGACUUCAGCUCGUGGUAGCAGCAGGCCUGCUGCCCUGUGUCCACGUUACUGAUUUUUCUGCAGUCAUAAGCCUGCCCUUCGGGCUGCAACUCAAUAAAGUGCUUGCCUAUU